GCUGUGAGAGGCCCUACUCCCCUUGGCUGGCUGGCAUCCCAGAGCAGAGGCAGAGAGAGACAGAGGCAGAGAGGGCUGAGUGUGAGAGACUGAGGGCGAAGAGAAAGUUAAAGUGUAAAGAAGACUGGGGAAAGGCUAAGAAGUGGCAGAGAAAGUUGCCUACAAGAAAAGAAUAACGCUUAGAGAUUGUGUUUUGUGCAGCGUCGCUCCUGUAGGUAAUUUGUCAGUGGUGUAUUUUUAUCUGCAGCGAGUGUGCAAGCGAUUUGUUUUUGGAGUUGACAGCCAUGGCGGAUACAGGUGUCAAGAUGGAGCAUGUAGCUCUGGCAGAAGUGCCUUUUGAUGAUGACGAGGUCGCCCUGGUGGGUGCUGCCACCGAGCCGGCAGUAGAUGAUGAUGAUCCGGCUGAGGAGGUGGACUUGCUAUUGGCCCCUGGCCCUGGAGGCAAGAGUGAAGCUCAGAUGAAUGGGGUCAUGGUUCUGUCUCUGCUAGACAAGAUUAUUGGGGUUGUAGACCAGAUCCAGCAGACCCAGAAUGGCCUUGAGGCCCGUCAGGAGGCCAUGGAGAAGUCAGUGUCAACCAUCCAAGGGGAGCUGUCUAAGUUGUCCAAGAAUCAUGUCGGCACAGCCAACACCGUCAACAAAAUGCUGGACAAGGUGCGCAAGGUCAGUGUCAACGUCAAGACGGUGCGAAGCAACCUGGAGAAGCAGGCGGGUCAGAUCAAGAAGCUGGAGAACAACGAAAAUGAGCUUCUCAAGAGACGCAACUUCAAAGUCCUCAUCUACCAGGACCAAGUGAAGGCCCCAAAGACAUCCAAACACAAGACAGCAGAGACGGUGGCUGAAGGUGGAGCCGUGGAGGGCCUUGAUCAGAUACCUGAGGAGGGAGGUGAGGGACAUCCAGUCAAUCUCAAUUCAGAUGAAGAGGUGGAGAUUGAAGAGAUUAUUGAAGAGUCCCGUACCAAGCGCAUCCAACGCACCACCAAGCAGCAAGUGGACAACAUUAAGAAAGCCUUCUCCAAAGAGAAAAUGGAGAAGACCAAACUAAAGACCAAGGAGAAUUUGGAGAAGACCAAGCAGAAGACCCGUGAGAACCUUGAGAAGACAAGACAGAGAACCCGCGACAACCUGGAGAAAACAAAGCACAACCUGGAGAAGAAGAUGGGCAAGAUCGGGACCCGCAUGACCCCCACCCUGGAGCGCAGGGCGAAGAUGAAGAGCUCAAAAGAGAAGGUGAAGAAGUCCCUUACCCCUGAUCACACUGAGUAUGCUCGCUCCAAGACCACUGUGUACCGCGUGCCGCCUUUCACCUUCCAUGUUAAGAAGAUCCGAGAAGGGGAGGAGGAGAUGGUGCAGAACACAGAGAUGGUGGAGGUGACAGAGGCCGAGGGCCAGCCAGCGGGAGAGGAGAACGGGCUGGGUGUGCAUGUUGAGGUGGAGGAAGGGGAGCUGGUGAAUGUAGACAGCCCAGAGAUGGAGGCUCUGUUGGAGGUGACUGAGGACUCUCAGCUGGUCAGCUUGGAGGCAGACCACCUAAAGAAGGCCCAAAGCGAAUAGAGAGUCUCACCUCAGCAGAUAUAAAAAAAAGAAUGAAGAGGGAAACAGAGUCAUGAUGAAUGAGUUUAAUCACAAGGACACAAUAUUAGUCGUUGGGACUUUCUAGAUGUGAUCACAAUCUAUGAAAUCUAAUUUGUUUUCAGUUCUGUUUUUAUUGUACCCAGAAGGGAUGCCUUUCAUAUUUGCUUCUCUUUAGCAUAUAAAUAAGAAAAACAAAACAAAAACAAAGCUUGCUUUUUAAACAUGAUGCAAGCUGCUUCUUUACUCCUGGCUGGUUAACCUAGACAUGCAGGUCUAGGGUAUUUGCAGUUUGUUGUUUGUUUGAUAAAUUGAGUGGCUAUAAGAAAAUAAAAAAGGUAUAAAUAGUCUUUGCUAUUGAGAUGUAAUGUAUAAAAUAAUAUUUGCCAUGUAUGAUAUGCACAUGAAUAAUUAUGGAAAUAGGAAGUUGCUGGCAAGAUUUAUGUUAGAAACAGAUGGUUUUAGUGAUGUAAUGUGCACAUGUGAAACUAAAAGAAAUUAACAUGUGGGCAAAAUUUAGGCCUACGGAAGAAAUAAAGAACUGAAGGGGCUGGAGCAGAGGACGCUAAUGGGACUUUUCCUUGACUCAAUGUUUACAAAAACAUUACCCCAGAUAUGCAUAAAGCAUUAAGCCAUCAAGGUUAUUUACUGCAUAUAACUCAGGCAUUGUGCCAAAUGUUACAGUGUAAUGUUUCUCACAUGUAAAAGACUGAAAUGUAAAUGACUGAAAGUUACUGAAUGACUGUGAGUUAAAUCAUGUCAAGAAGUGAAAGGAGCACUAAAUGUCAAAUUCAAGAAUAUUUAAACACUUAUAGAUUACACCACGGCAAUAGAUUGUUUUACCUUUUUGAAGAAAAUGCAGAAAGCCAAUAUCCUGUAUGUACUUUUUUUGUUUUUUACAGUACAGAGCUUUGAUAAAAAUACAACUCUCAGUCCUUAAAUGGUCAAUCGUUCAAAAAUUUCAGCCAUAUAAUAUAAUGAAAUACUGAAAGCUAACGACAAUGAAAUGUAUUAUGUACAGUAACCUUUCCUGCGGUGUAUCUUUACAAUGCAUGCUUGAAAACACAGUUUGAUCAUCAUUUACUGUAAUGUUUGAUGUAUAUUCACCUUGUCAUAUUUUUUUCCAUCUGAGCACAUUGUAUAUGCCAAGUUCCACAUAGCACAGUGCUGCUCAGAAGAGAAGAGAAAUGCCUGUGUCACCAUGGUCACAGCUUUUCACAGUACAUUUGCACAUCCCUAUUAAAUUUUCCCUGGGUAAUUGCAGGCAGAAAAAUGAUGGUCUGAAGAGCAAGAUGACAGUUUAAUGACUGACUGUGUAACAUAUGGAGAUGCAAAUGUCAUCCUAAAUGCAGCUGGAGGAAGACAGCAGACUGCCAGGUACAAUGAACUGCGUGGCACUUUAAUAAAUGUCAGAACACCGGAACAGCAUGAUCCGGUCCACAAAUGUUUUCACAAAGACCGGGUGCAAUCUUGUUUAUUUCCUCUGAAUUAUAGAAGGAAUGGCCACACUGAAGAUAAAAACCUGUCUCACCAUAAGUUCAUAAAAUGCUGUUAUCUUUGUUGAUGAUUAGAGGAAACUGUGAUGAUUGGAUUACAAUCAGUCUCACUGUGCAAUCAUUUUGAACAAGGGAACAGGGGAAAGCACACAGGGCUCCGGACAGGAAGAAAUUGGGAAUACGACUUCCAUUUUCCUCCCUAGAGACUGUGUGUGACCUUGAUGUAGGCAUGCAGAAGCCCAGUGUGUAGCAUAGAAAACCAUUAAGAUAAUCAAUGGGCUGGGGGAAUGCAAUUAAGGAGAGUGCUCCCUCUGAGUACUGAACAGGGUAGAGAACAGUGAGGACUGAAAAAAGGUGUGUGUGUGUGUGUGUGUGUGUGUGUGUGUGUGUGUGUGUGUGUGUGUGUGUGAGAGGGAGAGGGGGAGAGAGGUCUACAGCAUGUACAUACUGUACCAUAUACCCACACUGAUAAUUAGUAAUAUUUGGUGAAACUGCAAGGUAAUGUAAGCAGCAAGUUGAAAUUGCAGAGAAGAGCAAAAUAAUCCAUUACAGACCUGUAGCAUCACAUAGAUGUAUAAAUAUAACAGAAAUGUUUUAUAUUGACUUUUAGGCAAAAAAAAUAUAACAUUGUCUUGUAUAAAAAUGAAAAACUUGUAAGAUACUGGUCCCUGUGUGUGUUUGUGUGUGUGUGUGUGUGCGUGUGUGUGUGUGUGUGUUUUUGCCACCAUGUACAUUUUGCCCUGUUUUAAGCUACUGGUUUAUAAAAACUGACCCAGCCUGCUAUAAGCAUAUUUUAGUCCAUGCAAAACUUAUUUAAACAUUACUAUCUAUUAAAAAAAACAAAAACAAACAAAAAACAGAUCAGUCACACUCCUACAACACAAGAUGUGACACAUAAUUGCUCUUGGUGUUAUUGAUUUAUACUCAAAUAAUGAAGCUCACAUUUUCUGUUGUGUUUAAAAGGCAUCCUUUUAAACACAACACUUCAACCACUUCAUUAUGAAUAAAAGCUUGCUGAUUAAUAUAUAAACUGCCUAUUAAUGUUUAAUUUUAUGAUUCCUUUACAUACCUGAUUAGACUACAUAUUAGUUCUUGAUUAGCUUCAGGCACUGAAUUACAGUGGUGGAAUAUAAAUACAUUUACUGUAUAGUAUAGUACAUAAUAUA